AUGAACAUGGGUCAUCCCACUACCCCACAACACCAAAAGGAGGAUUUUCGCACUUUUAUCACAAAACUGAAUACUAAAUUUAGCCUCGAGAUUCCCCUGCCUGGAAUUGAGUCCCCCUCAGCUCGCGAGAGAAAUAACAGCCUCCCUAGUCAGAUUUACAAGCAUAUCCGCCCGCUGUUCUUCAAUAAGAAGGCCAACAAGAUAGGCCUGAUUCACAACCUUGAGGAAUGGGUCCGCGGGAACAUGCCGUUGGCCGGCCAGAUCCACGCCCAGAACCAUGUCCAUCAAACGGAGGCAGAUCGCCGCGCAAGACAACGGCGCCAUAGCGAGGAACCCGCGCUCCCGCUCUCGCUCACGGGCCCUGAGAAGGAUAUGUGCAUGAAGUAUCUGCUGGAGCUCAUGCUUAACGAGGAAUAUUUUUUGGCCCAUGGUGUUGUCGUAAACACCAAAAAAAGGUUAGCCGCUAAUUCUUUUGGAGGUGCCAGGGGCUUAUCACCAAAAAAACAAAGGCUUGAUGAUGAAGAUGAAGACGAAACCUUCCACACCGCACCGAAUUCCCCAGUGAAAGGGUCUGUGUUAGCCCAGUCGCCAUUGGGGAAGAAUGGAGAUGGAGGUUCACAAUUUCCUGAGAUGGUUCAGGCUGCCUUUCAAGGGUUGCGGGGCAAUUCUGGGGCUGCCGACUUGGCGAUCAAUAACCAUCGACCAAUUCAGUCUUCUGCGCGGGGAUCGAUGGGAGUUGUGUCGCCAGCAAAAAGUACAGUGCACUCGUCACUCAGAAGGAACGACGGAUCCAUUCACUCGCCUGGAAAGAACCAACAGAGCUUCUAUUCCCCGCCGAAGUAUUCGGCGACCUUUACUCCACCAGCGAAAGGGCAAUCAGCUCAAGGGUAUCACCAAUCGGUCCCUAAGAAAGUUGCUACUCAAUCAUCCAAACCUCAAGGCAAUGUCGCCCCUACAACGAAGAAGUCCACGAGCACUUCGUCGCCAGCGAAGACUCCAGGGGGUGCCCAAUCACCCGCGAAUAACCCUGGAUCGCCAUGCAAGUCCUCAAAAUCGGUCAGAUCACCCUCUAAAUCGCCAUUGAAACAGAUGGAUCUUCGAUCAUUUGGGUUUGGCAACAUCUCAAGCACGGAAACUUCUUUUGCCGAUGAAACUGUUGAGUUCAAGAAGCCAACUUUAUUCGAAAAGCUUAGCGCGGCAUCUGAUGAAUCGAAGCGCAACAAUCUGAUGCAGUCGCCCAAUACCAGCUUUGCGGUGACGACCACUACGUCGGUCUUUAUGUCUCGCCAUGCUAUGGGGCAAUCAUUUGAUUCAGUUAUGACAGACAUGACCGAACCAAUGGAUACCCAAUCGACCUAUGCAGACUCGAUCCUUGGAUACAUGGCUAGCGAGGAGAUGCAAAGGAGCGUGGACGCUGCUGCUAUAUCCAUGAUGAUGAAUGGUGAUCCCGCUGAGACGGAGUAUUCCCUCAAAGAGGAGUUUGUGGGUGAGCUCCUGUCUUACGGCCCGUUUUCGGCUGAAGAAUCCUUUUCAGCGACAAUUCCAUUGCGAUUCCGAUAUGAGUUGGAACGAAUUGCACGUGCGUGGGGGAUGCCCUUCAGACAAAUACUCGUUGGCGACCGUGUUACCUUUAACACUCAAGAUGAUUUUUGGUCAUGGAUCAGCGGGCUUGGUCGACGUUAUGACCGUCCUCUGCCAGAGAGAUCGCCACGUCGGGCCUGGGAUGCCGCCGUUGGUGAUUUCAAAUCAGAUAAGCACUCAGAGGCGGUGGUACUCUCAGGAGACUUGGACUGGUGCGACAAGUCCGAGCCGGGUAUUUUCAAAUUGAGACUCAACCCACUCAAGCUCGAGCGGACGUGUCGAUUUCACCGAAGAUUUGGAUCAGACAGAUUCCUGACUCUUACUAUUCCAGCCGCAGAUCGACCCCCAGGCCAUCAGAAACAGCCUUCUUUCCCAUCUGUCCUUCGCGAGAGUAUUGCUUCAUGGCUCACACGGAAUGACCACCAUUGCCUCGGACGGACGUGGCGGGCCUUCUUUGUGGAAGAAGUAAAGACUAAACGAAAAUCCAAGGGUGAGCCUCGGUUUCGGGUCGAGCUUUUCGCCAUUGAUGGCAAUGACUUUGAUCAUGGGUAUCCCUUACCACCGGCGGUGGCCCCUCCUCGACAGCAAAUUGACAAAUAUACCCCGAUGAGUGUAGAUGCACUGCUGGAAUGGCAUAUGCCCAAGGCUGCGAACGCGAAUCAAAGCAAUUGCAAGCUCUUCCAGCGUAUCUCUUUAGGCUUGUCGAAGACAUUUGCGACGGUUAAGCUAAAUCCAACGCAAGUGCUUCAUUUGAGGGACGAUCCAAACCGGGAAGUCAUGAAUGACGGAUGUGCUUUGAUGUCAAGGACACUUGCAAACCAAAUUUGCGAUCAACUAGGCAUAACAACCGCCACGCCUAGUUGCUUCCAGGGCAGAAUUGCAGGCGCUAAGGGCCUCUGGAUGGUUGAUUCCCACCAAUCUAGUAUCACUACCAUGAACAAUAAUGAUAUCUGGAUUCAGAUCUCGGACUCGCAGUUGAAAAUACACCCUCAUCCCCAGGAAUGGGUCGACCCGGUUGACGAUGAGAGGUUGACGUUCGAGGUAGUCAACUGGGCUAAGGAAUUGCACCCCGUUGACCUUAAUAUCCAGCUUCUUUCAAUUCUGGAACAUGGAGGGAAAGUGAAGGAGUAUAUUGCCAAGCUUACGCGUGAUGGUGUACAGAGUCUUUACGACGACUUCCUUGAGGUUCUUCGAUCAAAUAGCCCUGUGGUUUGUCGAGCCUUGCUUCAGAAGCUCAGACCCUCUGGCGACGAUGAAACUGGGAAAGCACGACGAUUAGAGCAGUGGAUGACCAGUGAUGCUGAGUCUAUAAUUCGUUUCUCAGAGGCUGGCUUUGCCCCCCGCGACUUUUUCCCCCUCCGGCUGAAGAUCCGUCAAUAUUUGACAUGGUUUCUUGAGCGACACGUUGAAGAGCUCAAAAUUCAAGUCCCUCUCUCAACCUAUGCGUACUGUAUUGCGGAUCCGUAUGGAGUUCUCGGACCGGACGAAGUUCAUUUAGGCUUCUCCAAUAACUGGCGGGAUCCACAAGGCCAGUUUGAAGACAACCUCCUUGAUGGGAUAGAUGUUCUUGUGGGCCGACUUCCAGCCCAUUUGCCAUCUGACAUUCAACGGCGCAAGGCCGUAUGGAAGAAUGAACUACGCCAUUUUAAAGAUGUGAUUGUGUUUCCCACCACAGGAAACUUUCCUCUAGCCGGCAUGCUAUCCGGGGGAGAUUACGAUGGUGACACGCCGUGGAUCUGCUGGGAUCCAAUGAUUGUUGAGAAAUUUGACAAUUCCCCGAUGCCCUCACAUGAAUAUUCUGCAGAGCAUUAUGGGCUCACAAAACACUCCGUUCCGAUGGCCUCGCUAGAUUCAACUGAAGACUUCUUGGAAAGUGUGUUCGCUUUCAACCUCAACCUUUCAAAUCUGGGUCGAUGUACCGCUGAGCAUGAGAAACUGGCAUACGAAGAGUCAGUCGACCAUCCGAAAGCGAAAGAGCUAGCCUGUCUCCUAGGUCAUCUUGUGGAUAGCCGCAAAGGUGGAGUUCACCUUUCAGAACAAGCCUGGAAAAAAUACCGCAAGACCGUUAGCCCUAGGCAACGCGAGCUUCCAGCAUACCGGAAUCCAGAGCGCAAGUGGAACCCUUCGAACAUCGUCGACUAUCUCAAGUUUAAUGUCGCACAGUCGGAGCUUCGAAGAAUUCUCUCGGGCCUCAACGAGGCAUUCCCCGAGAACGAUGUCGAAAAUAAGCUCGAUGAAGACCUUAUUCGUCCAUGGAAUGAAGCUAAUGAAGCGUCGAAAAGCAAGUCUGAGUACGCGCAAGAGUUGAGAGACACCCUCGCUGAAGUUCGAAGGUCGAUAGAUGAACUAUACAAGCAGUGGAACCAAGGACACUCUGCUUCUACUAGUAGAGAAUUCUCUCUUAUGGCACGUCAAGCUGCCGAGAGUGCAGCUGCACUCGAACCUCCCCACACGGGCAGACAUCCGCUCAUCCAUACUUGGCAAAACAGCCGCAGUGAGUGGAAACGAUUAAUAGCUUCGUAUGCCUACCGUCGAUGUCCAAACUCCCGGUUUAUUCUUCACGCCUUUGGCGAGACACUGUGCGAGAUUAAGGCGUCCGUAUCGCCAUCCCGCCUUGUCACUAACGAGGUGAUCACCUGCUAUCGAGUGAAUCAGAAAAUGGUGGCACAUCUCACGGCGAAUGAAUUGCCUGGGGAUGAGUCCGAUGAUGCAGAUGAGUAUGAAGAUAGAGAAGCUGUUGAAGCCAUGCUAUCCUUUUAG